GUGCCAGACUCUGAACCCGGCUUUAAUAGUGCGGCGGCCGCCGGAGGGCAGAGUCUGGCGGGGAUGCUGUUUCGUCCAACUGUCUCUUUGUAGCUCUGAGGCGGUCAUUCCCUCCCCCUUCACUGCAUUUCUUGAGAAAGUCCGACCAACUGCAUUUUAUGGUUUUAUAGGAAUGUUUCCCUGAUUAAAGAAAUUUGAUGGUAACGAUGGCUGAUCCUUGGCAAGGAUGCAUGGACUACGCAGUUACUUUAGCAAGAAAAGCUGGAGAGAUAAUAUGUGAGGCACUGAAGGAGGAAAUAGCUGUCAUGGUUAAAAGCUCUCCUGCAGAUCUAGUGACAGUCACUGAUCAGAAAGUGGAAAACAUGAUUAUUUCUUCUAUAAAAGAAAAAUAUCCUUCUCACAGUUUUAUUGGUGAAGAAUCUGUUGCAGCUGGUGCAGGAAGUAUUUUAACUGAUAAUCCCACCUGGAUUAUUGACCCUAUUGAUGGAACUACUAACUUUGUUCACAGGUUUCCAUUUGUAGCAGUUUCCAUUGGCUUUGUAGUAAAUAAAAAGAUGGAAUUUGGAGUUGUGUUUAGCUGCGUAGAAGACAAGAUGUACACUGCUAGGAAAGGGAAAGGUGCAUUUUGCAAUGGGCAGAAGCUCCACGUAUCACGACAACAAGAUAUUACAAAAGCACUCAUAGUGUCUGAGCUGGGAUCAAAUCGUGAACCAGAGGUUUUAAAAACUGUUCUUUCUAAUAUGCAAAGGCUUCUCAGCAUUCCUAUACAUGGAAUUAGAGCAGUUGGGACAGCAGCCAUAAAUAUGUGUUUGGUGGCAACGGGAGGAGCAGAUGCCUAUUAUGAGAUGGGGAUUCAUUGCUGGGAUAUGGCAGGAGCUGGAAUAAUUAUUACAGAAGCUGGUGGAGUUCUGCUUGAUGUCUCAGGUGGACCAUUUGAUUUGAUGUCCAGAAGAAUAAUUGCAGCAAACAGCCAAGUUCUAGCAGAGAGGAUAGCCAAAGAGCUUCAGAUUAUCCCUUUUCAAAGGGAUGAUGCAGCAAAUUAAAUGUUAUCCUUUCACCUUACCUGUGACAGGGAGUUGGUCUGUGCCCAUAAAAAUAGCUUUCCUUGCAAAGGACACAGUUUUGCACUUGAGUAGAAUAGCAAUCGACUAUAAGUUUGGUUUGAACAUUUCAAAGCCUGAUACUUGAAUUCCUCUUCUCUUCUCCUCUUUUUUCCCCCACCCUCCAGACUUCACAUGCAUUCUGGAUCUUAACCGUUGUCCAUUAUAGAAAGCAUUUAAAAAAUAUCACUAAGUGUAAUUGUGAUGCUGGCUAGAAGUGAGGUGGAUAUGACCUGCUGCGUUUUCGGACAUAAUAUGUAUAGCACUCACGUAAUUAAUAGUGAAUAAGAGGUUCUUCAUUUCUGGACAAUGUUCUACAAUUCAAGACUACGCUGAUAGCAAUGUGUGGAACUUGGACCACAGAGAAGGUUCCAAGAUAUUGGUGGAAAGUUUCUCAAGAAUAAAUGAGAUGUUCUGUGUAGUAGGAAGACUAGCUACACAUUACCUCAGAAAAGAACAAUCCCAACUCUGUGUUUUACUGAUACAAACAGCAAUGCAAGAGAGGGUAAUAUUAGCCAUUGAGAAUUGGCCUGUAGGUGGAAGAAGUGCUUAACCCCUCUCUUGCCCAGUAAUUCUCCCCUGUAAAUGUUUUUCCCAUCCCCUCAGGUGUCUUACCUUUCAGUGUUGAAGGCCAGGUGGAAGCUCCCACCUGCCAAGUUCCUUGGAAGAUGUCCUUCAGCUUACAUCUCUCCAUUAAGGCUAAAAAUUGCUUAACUCUGGCUAGAGCAUCAUCUCCAUUGGUUUUAUUUGCAGCAUUUACCUUUUUUAAAAAAAAAUUGCUUCUUCGUAGUGGCUUAGCAGUAUUUCUAAAAGGGUACUGAAGGAUUGACUGCUUACCUAGACCCAAGAAGAAAAAUAAAAUAUAAAUGCAAGUGCUGAAUUAUUAACCAGUGUGGUGAUAUUCAGCCAAAAUUCACCAUAUAAACUCUCAGCACACCUAUCAGCAGCAUUCAAGAAGACACCUAACCGGGUUUUGACACUGAAAUGUCCUCCAGUAGCACUGCAAUCCUUCACACAGUUACUCCAAUUUAAGUCUGCUUUCAUUGGUCUUUAACUGGAGGGUCACACAAUCAGACACUUUAUCAGAAGCUUCCCCCCCCCCUCCGAAUUUGUUUCUGGUAUGAAAAAAACGGCAAAUUGAUGGGGGUGGGUUUGUUCUUUUGGUUGCAGAGUUUGAUCAUCCUUCCUGCACAUGGAAUAGGUAGAUUGGGCCCUGCAGAUCUGUUCUGCUAAUGGUUGUGCUCUCCUCUGGUGCAAGGAACUUUCCGCUGAUGUGGGAGGCUCACCUCUUGUAUCAACAGAAGGCUUCUUGUGCAGAGGGAUCCCAUGGAGUAUUUCUUGUAAAUCUUCUGUGACAGAUACGAGGUUGGAUCUCCAGAGUGUUUACAUGGACCAAAGGGUUUCUACCCACAGAAAUUCUCACCUCCUACUGUAGGAUGCCCCUUCUGGGGGUGCUCCAGCAUCAAGGAGCAGCAUUUGAGGAUGCGGGGGCGGGGAGAUCACCCUCUGUGGGUAGAAAUCCUUCUCACAGAAACGUUCUGGUGGAUCCAAGUUGCUGUGGACCCAUUUGUGGGCUAAAGCUAUGAAGUGAGUUCGGGCCAUGAAGGACUGCUAUAUUGUGUUUAAGUUGCCACAACGGUUGGUUGUUCGUUUUCUAGAUAUAUACUGUACAUGGAUGUCUUAUUUGGUGUAAAAAUUAUGCCAUUGAAUUAUACAUUGAAGGUUUGACUGUAGAGCGUUUUGCACUAUUCAGUAAGAUUGAGUUGAAUCAUAUAUAUUUAGAUGGGUGGAUCUUUGCCAUCAGAGUGUUUUCAGUGUCCCAUCUGCAGCCAUAUUUUUGUCACAAAACAGUUUGUGUUAUUAUGAUUCCUCUGAUGACUGUGAUUGCCUGCAUGCACAUCAAGAACAAUCUGUUGACAAAACUGGUGUAUCCGUAAUAUUACAACACAUCCUUUGUGUACUAGUCUGCUGGCCUUUGUGUUGGAUCUUCCAUGGCAUUUCAGGCUCAGCCAUAGCCAUGCCAUCACUGCAAACGUACACUUUCCUCUACAGAUUAUAAUAAUGGGUUGUUGAAUUAAAUGUAACCAAUAAGGUUAAUCUUUAAAGUUUCAUUUCUUUAAAAUUACAUGGCUGUAAAUAUUAGUUACAUUUUUUGUAGCCCAAGGCUGAGGUUCUUGCUAUAUUAACUUGAGCAGCAAAUGCAUCCUUGGAGCUGAGUAAUGGUGGAAGUCUAGCAGUUCAAUUCUGUGAACCUCUGGGUUGUGACAGAUUUAGCACCAGUGCUAGGGGAUUGCUGCAUGAAGUGCCAAAAGCCACAGAACCUAUUCUAAAUGUCAAUCAAAUUUUCUCUAGACCAGGGGUGGCCAAACUGCAGCUUGGGAGCCACAUGCAGCUCUUUCACACAUAUUGUG